UCUAACUUGUGAGCUUUCAUGACUUCAUGCAGUGUUGUUUAUCAGCUGAAUGAAAUGCUCUACUUGCUAAGUGAAAGAGAAAGCUGUUUUCUGACUCCCUCUCUCAUGAGAGUGUCUUUUACUGUCUGUUUACUUCAGCGGCAGCAGCAGAAAUUGUUUCUGCUCUGUGAAGAAAAACCGUAUCAGUGGAGUGAUUCAGAAUGAACCAAGACAUUAAGUACCGUGGGUUGAGGAACCAAGGAGCAACAUGUCACCUGAACAGCAUUCUGCAGGUUCUGUUCAUGACCAGAGAGUUCAGAGAGGCUGUUAAGAGAUGUCCAAAAGAAAAUGAAGACAUUAAUGUUCAACUCAAUGCGUUGUUUGAAGAUGUAGGAAGAAACACUGCAGAAACCACAAAAGUUACAAAGAAGCUGCAAUUUGAAAACGUGUAUGAACAGCUGGAUGUUGGUCAGUACCUGGAGAAGAUUUUAUCUCUGGUCAGCGAUGAAGCGUCACAGAUAUUCAGAGGAGAGCUGGUUCACAGGACUGUUUGUGAUCAAUGUGACUCAGACACUGAAGACUUGGUGCCAUUUUGGUUUCUUUCUCUCCCUCUGAUGGAUUCUAGUGAUGGAAACUACAGUGUGGAAGACGCAAUUCAGGAGUUUUUAAAGGAUGUACGGUUUUAUGGAGAAGACCAGCUGUACUGUGAUAAAUGUGAAGACAAUCGUGACACUACUGUUAAAUAUGAACUAAAGGAUCAUCCAGAGAUUUUGAUUUUGCUGCUGAAGAGGUUUGAAUACAACUAUCAGUGCAUGUCAUACAGUAAAGACAAUCGUGCUGUGGGUGUUUGUCACACCAUCGACUUACCAGAGAACCAGACAUAUGAGCUGUAUGGGUUGGUGGAUCACUUUGGGACUCUGAGCGGAGGCCAUUACACAGCAACAAUCAAGCCUGAGGAUGAAGAAAACUGGUAUGAGUUCAGUGACUCCAGUGUGACACUGGUUGAUAACCAGAUGUUCCAGAAAAAGUUUGAGAGAUCCCGAAGUGCCCAUCUUCUGUUUUACAGAAAGAAAAGUGAGAUGCAAACAGACUAUACAAGCAUUUAUAUUGGGUCACAAUAUUGUAAUAUAAAUUCAGAUACUGAAGAGGAAGAUGAAGGAACAGAUGGAGACGAAGAGCAGAAAAAACUGAGAGACGAUGACAAGAGUGAAAACGACGAUACGAGGAAAAUCACUUCAGACUCAGAAACCAGGAGACUUUUCAAGAUGAACGAUAAAACUAAGCGCUACAACCCGAGAGACUCUACAAUCCCACUAGUGGAUGAAGAGGAUCAGUUUGACUUUCUGUGUGAAGGGUUUGAUUCCCCAAGAGCCCGGAUGUCCUGCGGCCAUGUAGUGACCCCGACGUCCCUCACCAAGUGGUGCCAACAAUUGCUCAAACAGGGAAAACCCAGGUUUGAAUGCGGUCAGUUUGGCUGUAAUGCUGAGUGGUCUUAUCAGGAGGUUUGUAAAAUGGCCAUGUUGACCCCUGAAGAAAUGAAGACCUUUGAGACGACCUUGGCCCAGAAUGCUGCCCUCACAGAUCCUAACAGAAAGUUUUGUCCAGGCUGCAUGACUCCUGUGACCAGAGGGAGCAGCUUAAACCUCUAUGUCUGCUGCUCAGGUUGCUCAGCGAAGACGGGACGCAGCUUUGGGUUCUGCUGGCAGUGUCUGAGGGAGUGGAAAGGUCCACAGCCUCGAUCCGACCGCUGCGAAAACGACGACUGCCACAAUUCUGCCCUGAAGACGCUGAGAGAGUGUCCAGAAGUCCAAAUUAAGCUAGCAGGAGGAGUCAAAGGGUGUCCGUCGGUCCGUGCCUGUCCCACCUGCGGCUCACUGCUGCAGCACACUGGGAAAGGAUGCAAGGACAUUUUAUGUCCCCGAUGUAAGAUAAUAUUCUGUUUUGGCUGCUUAAAGACAACUAGUGAAUGCAGGACCACAGGAAGCAACAAUGUUUACGGCGUGUGCUCCACUGACAUUGUUCCCAGACAGACGUCUAUACCUGUGUGGCAGAGGAAAUGAUGUCAAUUAUGUAAACUGCCACUGUUCUUAUGCAACCUGCUUCUUCUUUGCUUUUCAUUAAUUAUAUUUCAAAUCAACAAGCAGCAAUUAUGACAAUUCCAAUUAUAUUUGUGCUCUGCUCAUUAUAAAAUAGCUUGCAGAUAGAUCUUUUCAUGAUCAUUGUUAAAGUAAUGAGACUUUCAGUUUCCCUGGAACAACAACUUGAACACCUAUUGAUGUGUGAAGGAUUAUCACAUUGAAUGUCGCUAUUUUGUGUUGUUUGAUGCUUUUUUAAAUUAUAUUUACAUCAUGCAAUUCUGUAAUAUUCAAAGACUUUCUGUGCCCUCUGUGGUGGAAAAUUACCACAAGUUAACAUCUGCUGAUAAUGCCAUAUUAAAUGCUUGUGAACUUUCACUAAAAGAACCUGUUUAGGCUAAACACACAAGAUUGGGAAUUGUUUUGCUGCAGCUGCAAGGGAACCGGACUCUCCCAUGUUUUGGACUCCUUACCUUGGUAUAAAACUGGUGUUGUCUUUGCCUGGCAGAGCUUUUCACCCAGAACUUCUUCAUUAUUGAUUACAAGGUCUAUGUAUUGUGCACAAUACAUAGACCCGAUUGAGUGAUUUCACCUGACAGUGCUUGGUAAUAGUUUUCUUUUUUCCACAUCACUCUCCAUAAUGUGACCUUGAACUUUGAGAUGCCCUGUAAGAUCAUUUUGGUUUUGUGAAAGAUUGUUCAAAUCUGUCAGUGUCUGAUUUGGGAGAACCUGAGCACAGCCUCACAGCUAAACCCAGUGUGGUCUUCUGCUGCUGCCACCUCG